AUGUCAGCCCGUAUGGUAGUGAUUCUGACGAUUGUGUUGCUGGCUAUCGUUUCAUCUCGGACCGGAAAUCCUGCAGCUCAGAAUGUUCCGAGAGUUUGCAUCCAGGACGGAUGUAUGCGAGGAUCUUGGAUGAGAAGUUUACACGGCGAGCGGUACGAAGCGUUUAUAGGAGUUCCAUUCGCCAAACCCCCGCUUGGAGCACUGCGCUUUGCCGAUCCGGUACCGAACGAUCCAUGGACGGAAAAGGAGUUGGAUGCGUCGGGAAGAAUUCCACGAUCGGCUUGUUACCAGCUCAAUCUCUUUCUACCGGAGCGAGGCGUUGAAGGCAAGGAAGAUUGUUUGUAUCUGAAUGUGUACAGACCGUUUAAGAACAGCAAAGCAGAGGCACAGAACGCUACAGAACCUAUCCCAACACUGGUAUACAUUCAUGGCGGUGGCUUCUUGGCCGGGUACAACUCUCCACUCGUUGCUGGAGCUGAAAAGCUGAUGGAUCAUAAGGUAAUAGUGGUGACAAUCGCUUACCGGUUAGGAGCUUUCGGAUUUCUUUCGACCGGCGAUGAAGCGGCCAGUGGAAACUUUGGUCUGAAGGAUCAACGGUUAGCUCUGCGUUGGGUGCAGCAAAACAUCGAAGCGUUUGGGGGUGAUCCUCGUCUGGUUACGAUAAUGGGACACAGUGCCGGUGGUGCUUCGGUACAUCUUCAGAUGAUGUAUCUUGGUAACGAAGGCUUAUUCCAGCGCGCCAUUAGCCUGAGCGGAAAUGCUCUAGCACCAUGGUGUGCUCCAAAAGUGAAUCCGGAACUGCUCGCUCGUAGACAGGCGGAUCUGUUGGGAAUAAAAGGGGCGUAUAGAAUGAAUACUUCCGAGUUGGUGGAAACUCUUCGAAGUAUUGAUGCUGAUCAGUUCGUUUACAGUUACAAGGGAUUUACGAACGGAUCACGCUAUCCGGUGAUUGUUUACGGACCAGUAGUGGAGGCAUUAACCGUUCCAGAUGCAUUCUUAACGGACACUCCUAAAGCACUUUGGUCGCGUGGAAAACAUCUCUCCGUUCCCUGGCUAACAGGAAUCGUACCGAAUGAUGGGUUCGUGUUUAGUGCUCCUAUACUGAAGGACUCCGGUUGCUCGAAGGAAACGUUUGCCCAACAGAAGACGCUCCUUCUGAACGUACUUGGAGGUGCAAAACAGUCUGACGCGUUACCUAUACUGAUGGAGCAUUAUGUUGGGAAUCAAUCCGCAAUUGGAGAAUGCUUCACAAAGGAUCACGUCAACCUCAUCACAAAGGUCUUCAAUGAAGGAUUGUUUGUGUAUCCACUUGCCCUUAGUGUGCGGCAGCACGCGAAUCACAACCGUACGAAAGCUCCCAUACAUUUGUACAAGUUUAACUAUAAGGGUCCUUAUUCGUACUCAUCCAUUUUUGCGCCGGAAACUGAUACGCCACAGGAUUAUGGUAUUGUUCAUUGUGAUGAGUUGAUUUAUAUCUUCCGUGCACCGAUAUUGUUUCCGGACUUCCGACGAAACACCCAGGAUGCAAAAGUGACGAAAUGGAUCACCAAGCUGCUAGUAGACUUCGCACUCAAUGGUACUGCCCCAACGAGCACGGACGGUGAGGUGAGUUCCAGUGAGUUCCCUGAAGCGUUGGAACUGAUCAACUCUAACAAUGUGGAUGAACCAAUCGUACAAAGGUAUACAAAUUUCUAUGAUGAAGCUAUGUAUGACUUCUGGACGCGUUUCUACAGCUACUAG